AUGAGGGAGCAAUCUAAACCCGUGAAAAUUAGCCGUUUCAGCACAAUCUCAACGCUUGCAAUGAUUCUCGGAAUAAAAGAGGAUUUGGCAGUUGAGGCCACACUUGGUGUUAAUGCUUUCUUCUUUGCCGCUAAUGUAGUGGUAUCGUUUAUUGCAAUCUGCAUGUGUUACUACUUCGACGGAAAAAUCAAUGAGCAAUUCGACAAAGAGUGGACAAUGUCUACCUGCCCUCCACGAGAUAUUGUGUUGGAAUUCAAAGAAAAAAUUGCUAAGCAAGGAGAACAAGAAACAAUCCGAGUGUGCUCUCUGCCGAAUCCUCCACCAAACUGUCCAGAAAGAACAGCUUUUCUGACCCCGGUGCGCUAUCCACGCCCUGGUCUGCAAUUGCUGCUACUGUUUAUUAUCUUCUCGACUGUAAUGGCGAUGUUUCUGUCGCUCGCCAAGAAUACGAUGUUUGCUGAAGAAUUCUUUGCCAUUCUGAACUACUGUUCAGCCGUUUCCCCGUUCAAAUUCGAAGGCUACGUUUGGGAAUAUCCUGUGUGGUUUCUCAUUCUUUGUGGAUUGAUUCUCUACCACUACACAGUUUAUGGCCUCACACUGAUACUCAUUGAGAUCGUCUUCGCUGUGCUUGGAGUGCAAGAGCGUAUAACUCCGGUAUUAGUAGACUAGCUUCCAGGCGUGUCUGUUUAAUGCAGACAAGGAUUAGACAUUUGGGAUACCUUAUAGUCGAACGUUAGAGAUGCGCGCAGAUUUUAGAGGAGAACACAUCAAAUUUUCCUUAUUUUGAAUCCUGCUUCUUCUGUUAUAAUUUUCCCGUCUCAUAGCAAAGUAAUAAACUCGACUGAGC